AUGGCGCUGCCGAAGGAAACCGGGGAAGACGGUGUUACCGACGUUGUGACCGGUUACGGAAGUAUCACGAAAGAAUUUGAGCUCAUGUUUGGCACGCUGCCGAUCAUCAUCACCAAGGGCCAAGAGCUGCUUGAAAGAGAAUCUCAGGCCACGACCAUGGAAGAUUCUAGUGCUGCUCAAGCAACCGGAAGUGAGACUGAGGCUACAAGUGCAGAGGUCACGGCUACUAGCGCUUCAACUGAUGCUGCGGCACCGAAGGAAACUAAUGGGGCUAGAUCGAGUGCUGUCCGGCAAACUCAAGAGGCCCUCGCAUGGAGGGGGCGACAGACUACGAUGCGACAGCAGCAACAAAACAUGCCGCCUGCAGUAGUACAAAUCGUCCUCGCCCAGGCUAAACGUCAAUUCGACGAGCUCCAGCGAAUGACACCAGAACAGCGACGCGCGGGCAAUCGUAUGGGCGCCUCCUACGACGAUAUUCCCAUCACUGAGCCCAAUGAUCUGAUGCUUUUCAACGGCUUUUCUUCCACACAGCCCGAUUUUGUCCAAUUCGGCAAGGCUUGUCGAGAAGGCGAUAUGGCUACCGUCGAGUCCAUCGUUACCUCUAAAUCUCGCACGCCAGCUUUCCUUCACGAAGGUCUUUUUAACGCUUUGGGUAGCGGCAAGGUUGAUGUUACGCGCUAUUUAUUUGAUGCUGGAGCACCAAUCACAAGAAUAACUCCAUCAUGGGCUUUGGCUGCUCCACAAGACCAGCAAAAGCCCUUGUUCGAACUGCUUCUGCAGCACGGCUGGACUGUAAACACACCUGGGUUCUACGGAGCUGUCCUACUACCAUCCGUUAUCCGUUCGGGCAACGAUUAUCUUCUUGACUGGUUUCUUGAGAAUGGUGCAGAUCCGAAUCUUGGCAAACAACAGGACAAUCGCGACCGUUUUGGCGAUCCUGAAACGAAUUCAUGCGAGGCACUCGAGAUUGCAGCAACGAUAGGCACAGUUCAAACGGUACAGAAGCUACUCCAUGCUGAUGCCAAAAUUGACAACGGAGCACCAUUGUAUUAUGCAGCAGGUGCCUAUCCACCGGGAUCAAACCCUCACGCUGGAGUUGUAACACCAAGCAAAGAAUUUGACCAGGCGAGGAUUCCUGUCAUGGAAAUACUGGUAAAGAACGGUGCGCGGGUUAACGAUAAGGCAAUCUCACGCCAUGUGACAGCGGAGUAUCCAAUUGUCAAUGCUGUCAUGGCGGGCGCUAUCGAAAGGGUUAAAUGGCUGUUGAGUCAAGGCGCAGAUCCAGAUAUGAAGGGGCAGUUUGGUAGUGCUCGCGAGUAUGCUGAAAAGCUUUCUAGUGAUGAGAUGAAGCAUGUAUUACAGGUACUUUGA